CUGCAAAACAAAGGACACUUAACACAAUAAUUGCUUGCAAAUCAAAGGGAUGUGUCAGUAAGGGCUAAAUUUAGAAAUGUUUCUAAAGAUAGAACAAAUCAAUAGGGGCACAGGGAAAGAAUGCAAUUAAGUUCCGCUUUUACUAACGUUUCUAAAUUUAGCCUGUAUAUAUACUGCCACAUUCCCUCAAAUGUGCAAAAGUAGUGCACCCAAUUGUAAUUCUUUUGUGCAGAAUGCACAGACGAGAUGACUUUAGUCCAGGAUGCACACACCCUGCAAUGGUUGGGUGCUGUGUGGCCUUUUCAAAACCAAAGCAAGGACGGGCAGCUCUUAUGGGGACCAAGCUACACUUGUAUAAUGGCAGGGUUUGCCCCCUUUGCUCCGCCACCCCAGCAAAAGAAUGUUGCAGAAAGGCUGCUAUGAAUACCACACAUGCGUGGUCUUGCAGUUUUACAUGUGGGUACAUACAUACUAUUGAUAUCCACAUGCAAGUUUACACGGGCAAGGCCACACCAUUCACUGAGUAGGCAGAGUAAUAAAUGCACAGAAUGUUGUUAAGACAUACCACAUCCCUCUUCGU